CCCACCCCCCGUCGUCCCCGCGGUGGCCGCCCGCAUUCCUUCCCUCCCACCUCGCGGAAUUGUGGCGGGAGGAGGGGGGGGGGGGGCGGAGGAGGAAGUCACCGCGCCUGCGCGCACAGGCCGCUUUCCAUCCGGGUCCCUGUCCGUGCGGUGCAGCAGGUCGGUAGGCGGGAAAUGGCGACUGGCUGAAGGAGCUGGUUCUGUUGCUGCUGCGGGCUAAAGCGGGAAAGACACCACACGUUGCGCAGUCGGGACUAUCGCCGGAACCCGAAGACGCUUCUCUGUCGUCACAGUGAAGUUUUACAUGUGGCACCCAUAAAAGAUGAGGCUGAGAACGCGGAAGACUUCUCAGCAAUCAAAUCAAAUUCAAACACAGCGCACUGCCAGAGCAAAAAGGAAAUACUCAGAGGUUGAUGAUAGCCUGCCUUCAGGAGGAGAAAAACCAUCAAAGAAUGAAACCGGCUUACUGUCUUCAAUUAAAAAGUUCAUCAAAGGAAGCACACCCAAGGAAGAAAGAGAAAACCCUUCGAAACGGAGUAGAAUUGAACGUGAUAUAGAUAACAAUUUGAUCACAUCAACACCAAGAGCAGGAGAAAAGCCUAAUAAACAGUUAUCUCGAGUAAGACGGAAAAGUCAAGUAAAUGGAGAAGCUGGUAGUUAUGAAAUGACAAAUCAACAUGUAAAACAAAAUGGGAAAUUGGAAGAUAAUCCUUCCUCUGGAAGUCCUCCAAGGACUACAUUGUUGGGGACCAUAUUUUCUCCUGUCUUCAACUUUUUUUCACCAGCAAAUAAAAAUGGAACAUCAGGAUCAGAUUCCCCAGGGCAAGCUGUGGAAGCUGAAGAGAUAGUAAAACAGCUUGACAUGGAACAAGUGGAUGAGAUCACUACCAGUACUACUACAUCAACUAAUGGAACAGCUUACUCAAAUCAGGCAGUUCAAGUGAGGCCAUCAAUGAAUAAUGGUUUAGAAGAAGCAGAUGAAACAGUUAACCGUGAUAUCCCACCCCUUACAGCACCAGUUACUCCAGAGAGUGGUUAUUCAUCAGCCCAUGCAGAGGCCACAUAUGAAGAAGACUGGGAAGUAUUUGACCCGUAUUAUUUCAUCAAACACGUUCCACCACUGACAGAAGAACAACUCAACAGGAAACCUGCUCUUCCAUUGAAAACAAGAAGCACACCAGAAUUCUCCCUAGUUUUAGACUUGGAUGAAACACUAGUGCACUGUAGUCUAAAUGAGCUAGAAGAUGCAGCACUUACCUUUCCAGUCCUUUUCCAAGAUGUUAUUUAUCAGGUUUAUGUGAGAUUAAGACCAUUCUUCAGGGAAUUCCUGGAACGAAUGUCUCAGAUGUAUGAGAUCAUUCUUUUUACUGCUUCUAAGAAGGUGUAUGCAGACAAGUUACUGAACAUACUAGACCCUAAAAAGCAACUGGUCAGGCAUCGGCUUUUCCGUGAACAUUGUGUUUGUGUACAAGGAAACUAUAUAAAGGACUUAAAUAUCCUUGGAAGGGAUCUUUCAAAAACAAUAAUAAUUGACAACUCACCACAAGCCUUUGCAUAUCAGCUUUCUAAUGGAAUCCCUAUAGAAAGCUGGUUUAUGGAUAAAAAUGACAAUGAACUCCUAAAAUUGAUUCCAUUUCUGGAGAAGCUUGUAGAACUGAAUGAAGAUGUCCGGCCUCACAUCAGAGACAGAUUUCGCUUGCAUGAUUUGCUGCCCCCAGAUUAAAUACAAAGACUUGUCAAAUCACUGAAGGGGGAAAGAAUGCAGGACCCUUUUGGACUAAGACAAAAACAUUGCCAUUACUGUUGAAAUUUUGCAUUUUUGUACCCCGUCUUGCUUUUCUUAUCUUUGGUGCCCAAUAAUAAUCAAGGGUUACAGAAAGAGACUUUAUCUAUCUCAGAUUGAAUACAUACAGUAGGUAGGCUAAAACAGAAGAGUCUUUAGAACUAGUGCAACUCCAGUGAAAUUUUUUUAUGUACAGGACAUCUGCAGUUUAUAAAGAAUUCUGUUUCUGCCACCAGCAGUUUGACCUGUAGUUCCACAGGAUUUUAUGAUAAUAACAGAGAUGAAAAUGGACUUUUAUUUUCUCUCUGUUUGGUGCUCUAAGUGGGUUUGUAGCCACUUUUCUGUUACUUUACGAUUCUCAUUUCAACAGGAAUGGCCAGUAAAAGUUGUUUUAUUUUUCCUGUUAAGGUUUAUAACCUUUUUACAUUUUUGACCUGUAGUAGAUUAGAAUUUCAUUAUGCAUUCCUUUUAGUUGAAGCGCUUCAUAGUUUUCUGGAAAUAGUCAGUUUUUAGUUUUUUUAUUAUACAUUUGAAUGGCCGUUUUCCUGCUUUGUCUGCCUGCAUAUUGUAUAUUUGUUUAAAAAUAUUCUCUACUUUUAGUCCAUGUAAGUUUCAUUUAGAAAGAUAUGCAUUUAUAUUUUGUUUCUGUAAUAUUCUACUGUAGGUGAAAUCUUUUCAAAAAUCAAGAGACUGGGUAGAUAAGAAAAUAUGAAUGACUAAUAUUCAAAAGUUUAAACCAUUGUGAUGGCAUGUAUUCCCAAAUGAUAAUAUCUUGCAAUGGCACACAGAUUUAAUGGAUAAAGGUAUACCUCAGACCUCACUGUGCUCACCAAUCUUUGAGGAGAAGGAGUUCGGUCACCUGUUGGGCUUGAUUUAGUUACUGCUGCCUUUGGUUUUCUCUAGGAAUGGAAGUAUUCAGCACAGUGGCUCAGUAUUUUUAGUUACUUUGCAUGGGCUGGUAGUACCUCUGUUAUGCUCUUGGUUACAAUCAAUUUAAAAUGCUGUGUAACAGUCUUGGUACCUCACAGUAGCUAUGCAUAGUCUUGUGGCACAGUACACUCCCAAGCCACCAAUGCUCUCAUAGUGGUUUUCUAUGCUAUAUGAAAAUAGUCUUCAAGCCUUGGUUCUCUAAUGCAGCUACCACAAGAGGUUGAUAUUUUUAUAGUGGCGUGUAAUCUCCUUUUCAGGGGGCUUUUUAUGGAAGGUAGAAUUUGUAAAAGUUAGUAUGCUUUGCCUCUCAACUGCAUUAACAUGCCACAGGCUCAGACUGUUUUUGUGUAAAGGAUGUCAAAGAGCGGCACUUUUUCUAAAGAGAAGUUUGAUAUUUUGUAUGCUUGUUAAGAAAGUACAGUAUUGGAAAUUAAAGGUGGACAACUGAUAAUUGAGGAGUAUGUCAGUUAAUUUUUUAUGUAUAUUACCUGUUUACUUGUACAACUUAUUGUACAAAUUACAUGCAGCUUCAUUUUCAAAUGAAUCCUUAAAAUAAGGAAAUCUUUUUAGGAAAACAUUUAAUUUUUGUAUUUUUGAUUUUAAAGGCAUGAGUUAUGUCAAGUUUUCAGUGUAUUAAUGAAGAUUUUAACUUUUCAUCAGGUUGAGUGUUUUCUUACUAUAUUAUCUGUUGUGUAUGUAGUUAGCAUAUUGUGUCACUGAACUGUUUAAAAAUCUAGCAUGUAGAGCAAGCCUGUUUUGUGGAAAAUCCUUAUUCACUUAAAAAAUAAUCAUGGCAGAUUUUCUGCAAAAAAAAAAAGCAAAAGCAUUGCAAUUCAGAAUACUGAUUUUUUUUUUUUUAAUUUAAAGAAAGGUAUUUUGCUUGCAGGAAAAAUACUACAGAUUCAUUUUAAUGAGAAUCUUUGAAAUGUAUUUAUCUUUAGGGCAUCUGGGCAUCUUUAUGCUGUUUGUCUUAUUGUCUUUCUUGAAAUAAAAUGUACAUAUGUUACCUUUACAUAUGCGCUUGCUCAAAAUUGUGAACCUAGUUACAUUUCCCCCAUCCCUCCUAUUUUAUGCUCAAAUGGCAAACCCCAAAACCUAUAUAAUAUCUGAAUUUUCAGAACACUUCAAAAUUGCUGAAAGUUUUCUGAUGAAGUGAAUACUCAAAGGGUCUUCCCAUAACUUAAAGGAAAAUGUGCCCAUGGGCACUUUAAUAAUGAAAAGCAACUUUUAAUCAUCUUUUAUUAGUGGUAGAGUUGUUUUCUAUCCUAUAGUAGAAAACUUCCCUUAAGUCAAUUGAUAAAAUGAAUUAAACAUAACCAGCUUCUAUAAAAAAAAGGGAAAUUUUAUGUAGCCUAAGAUGAUUUCUUGAGACCAAAUUAGUAUUUUUUUAUUCAGGUAAAGUUGUUGAAACAAAAAUUUAGCCAGCUUUCUUCCACCUUAAUGUUUUAUCUUCCCAUCGUACCUUUUUGAUAGAUACUGAACACUUCCAUUUAGUUUAUUUGUUGGAGGUGUUUGUGUCUUUUGAAUGAGAUGUGCCCAGCCCAUCAGCUCCCGCAGGAAACAUGACUGUAGUAAAAGUGCAGGAUUGAUGGAUUCUUGAGGUGACCCAGGAAGUGACCUGUGUACACAUUACAGCUCUGAAGUAUCUAUUAAAAUCGUGCUAUUCCCAGUAACAAUAUCUGACUUUCAAGACAUUCUUUUAAAUAUUUGUAUCAUGGUUACAGUGGAUAUUUUCAUUGGUUGUGUUUUUUAAUUCCAUGUAAUAUAUGUAGCCCUAAUCAGAUUUAUCACUGCAUUUCUCUUUGGGUCCUAAAAAGAGGACUGAUGACAAUUCAUAACCAUAAAUUGUUUUAUAUUAGCUAGUAUGUAUAUUUAUUUAUCCAAUGGCUUUAUCUGUUUCCCAAAACUGGUUUGGGAUUUGUUGAAAGCAUUGUGUAACUUCUAUAAAUGGCUAUUUUCUUGUAAUUGUCAGUGAAAUGGAUGUGUACAUUUUCUUAAAAAAAAUAUUUCUCUGGGGUAGUUUUGUUCAUUUGUUUUUCUUAGGGUUAACAUAAGAGUGGCACUUUUUUUUUUUUUUUUUUACAUUAUCAUUUGCCAGUGACUUUUUCAGCUAGAUUUAACUUUCAUUCAACUUUCUAAAGACAUUUGUUUCCCAUUGUUUUAUUGUCAACUUGCCUAACAGAGACUUCAUCUCACCAAUGAAGAAAACAUUUCAUUAUUCCUACAGAUCUUUCCAGCGAGCACAGAAUUCUUCAUAAGGACCUGAUCACUUCCACAUCUGUGUCAGUUACAUAAAAUCUGAAAUGUAAAGGACAAUGAAGCCUUCAUUUACUUGUACUAAUAUGGUGUUAUAUACUACAUCAUUAGAUAGUUAAGGUUUUCUGACCUGACUUCUCUUUGUCUUCCUAGGUAUUUAUUUUUUACCUCUUUUAAUCUGUAUGUCUAAAUUAACUUAGUUUAUAGUUACCCACCGAAUAACUAUGCCAAGCAACUAGGAAAGAAUGUUUAUUUUAUUUCCCCUUAUAGGGGAAGAGUGGACUGGGAACAAAAAUGUAUGGGCCAAAAGGCCUUAGGUUGUCAUUCACUUUCUUAUUCCUCUCAUGAGCUAUAAAUGAGUAUAGUAUUUUUUCAGUGCUGAUGUAUUUGAUUAUGUCAUUAGUUUUCAUGUCUUCCCUGAGUUGAAAGCCUGCUAGGAGUUUGUAUAAAAUACAUUUAAAAUUUUCAGAAUAAGAACCAAACCUCAGUACUUAUAUUUAAAUGCUACUUAAAUUAUUAUUGGAAUCCAAGUCUCACUAACCUAGGAUACAUUUUUAUAAAAUGUUUCUCUGUAUCUUGAAAUUAUUUGCUCCAGAGGUAAGAGUUCUGGGGGUAGAUAGAACAUAUUUCGAGAUCUUUUUAAAAAGGGGUUAAGAGAGCAACAAGUUUAUACUAGCUUAUGGUUUUGAUACUAGCAUUUUAAGAUACAUCAGUGGUUCUCAAACCUGACUGUUCACUAGGAUUACUCUGAGAAGCUUUUAGAAUACAGAUUCCCAAAGCCUACCUUGGAAAAACUAUCUGUUGUGUCUAGAUCGGGCCUGAGAGUUCUGUAUUUUUUAAAGCUCUCCUGGGUAAUUCUGAUGGACAAGUUUGGGAAAUCCCUGUUUUAAAUAAUGUGACAGUGGUUUGAGAGUAGGUAACAAAAUAAAGGUUUACCAGACA